CAGGCUGACGCAGCUCGCGGGCCCUCCUCCUGGUCUGCAGCGGCGUCGGCGGAGUUUUGGGCGUUCGGGAGGGGGCACGGGAGCGAGAGUCCAGAGAGGGAGGCGGCGGCGGCGGCGGGGAGGAGGAGGAGGAGGAGCAGGCGCCGCCAUGGCCGCCGCUAUCACCGACAUGGCCGACCUGGAGGAGCUCUCCCGCCUGAGCCCUCUGCCCCCUGGCAGCCCCGGCCCGGCGGCGCGGGGUCGGGCUGAGCCGCCAGAGGAGGAGGAGGAGGAAGAGGAGGAGGAAGAAGAGGCGGAGGCCGAGGCGGUGGCGGCGCUGCUGCUGAACGGCGGCGGCGGCGGUGGGGGCGGUGGAGGCGGCGGCGGAGUGGGGGGCGGCGAGGCGGAGACGAUGUCGGAGCCGAGCCCCGAGAGCGCCAGCCAGGCCGGGGAGGAGGAGGACGAGGAGGAGGACGAGGAAGAGGAGGACGAGAGCAGCAGCAGUGGCGGGGGCGAGGAGGAGAGCAGCGCCGAGAGCCUGGUGGGCAGCAGCGGCGGGAGCAGCAGCGACGAGACGCGCUCGCUGAGCCCCGGUGCCGCCAGCAGCAGCAGCGGGGAUGGGGACGGCAAGGAGGGCCUGGAGGAGCCCAAGGGACCGCGGGGCAGCCAGGGAGGCGGCGGGGGCGGCAGCAGCAGCAGCAGCGUCGUUUCCAGCGGCGGCGAUGAGGGCUACGGGACCGGGGGAGGCGGAAGCAGCGCGACCUCCGCGGGCCGGCGAGGCAGCUUGGAGAUGUCGUCGGAUGGGGAACCCCUGAGCCGCAUGGACUCCGAGGACAGCAUAAGCAGUACUAUAAUGGAUGUAGACAGCACAAUUUCCAGUGGGCGUUCAACUCCAGCAAUGAUGAAUGGACAAGGAAGCACUACUUCUUCAAGCAAAAAUAUUGCCUAUAAUUGUUGUUGGGACCAGUGCCAGGCUUCCUUCAACUCUAGUCCAGAUCUGGCAGAUCACAUCCGUUCCAUACAUGUAGAUGGUCAGCGAGGAGGGGUAUUUGUUUGCUUAUGGAAAGGUUGUAAAGUAUAUAACACUCCGUCAACCAGUCAGAGUUGGUUACAGAGGCAUAUGCUGACACACAGUGGAGACAAACCUUUUAAGUGUGUUGUUGGUGGCUGCAAUGCCAGCUUUGCUUCUCAGGGAGGGCUAGCUCGCCAUGUACCCACACACUUCAGUCAGCAGAACUCCUCAAAAGUUUCUAGCCAGCCAAAGGCCAAAGAAGAAUCUCCUUCUAAAGCUGGAAUGAACAAAAGGAGGAAAUUAAAGAACAAAAGACGACGCUCAUUACCACGACCACAUGAUUUCUUCGAUGCACAAACACUGGAUGCGAUAAGACAUCGAGCCAUAUGCUUUAACCUCUCAGCUCAUAUAGAAAGUUUAGGGAAGGGACACAGUGUUGUUUUUCAUAGUACUGUAAUAGCUAAGAGAAAAGAGGAUUCUGGAAAGAUAAAACUUUUGCUUCAUUGGAUGCCUGAAGACAUUCUGCCUGACGUGUGGGUGAAUGAAAGUGAACGACAUCAGUUAAAAACUAAAGUAGUUCAUUUAUCAAAGCUACCCAAAGAUACUGCCUUGCUUUUGGACCCAAACAUAUACAGAACAAUGCCGCAGAAGAGGUUGAAGAGAACUCUGAUAAGAAAAGUGUUCAAUUUGUAUUUAAGCAAACAGUGAACGACAUUUGCAAUCAACUAAAAAUUCGUCUAUCGAAUUAGGGCUGAAAAUUUCUGUUAAAGAGUGUUGCAGUAUGUCUGGUGGCUCCCCUUUCAGGACUAGGGUUUUCUCAUGGAGUACAGUAUGUUAAUAUUUACCUAUAUAACUAAUCUGUUAACGGUUUUUGAAAAACCUUUAUUUCAAAUUAUUUGAAUAAUCCUCAUAUUUUCAUUUUAACCUAUAUAAGCCUCUAAUUUUUUUUUUUUU